UCAAACUUCACGCAAAGCGAGUGACGUGCACACGUCGUCGUCAUGGCUAGCAGGAAAACGAUGCACCAAAACCGGGAUAAUGGCGACAAAUAUUCCGUGUUAUUGCCGACUUACAACGAGCGGGAGAACCUUCCUCUGAUUGUUUGGCUCCUGGUGAAAUAUUUAGGAGAAAGUGGACAUAACUAUGAGAUUAUUGUCAUUGAUGAUGGAAGCCCAGACGGCACACUGGAGGUGGCAGAGCAGCUGCAGAAAAUAUAUGGAGAGGACAGAAUACUUCUACGACCUAGAGCGAAAAAGUUAGGCCUAGGCACCGCCUACAUCCACGGCAUGAAGCAUGCGAGUGGGAACUUCGUUAUCAUAAUGGAUGCAGAUCUCUCCCAUCAUCCCAAAUUUAUCACAGAAUUUAUUGAAAAGCAGAAGGAGGGUAACUAUGACCUGGUGUCUGGGACUCGUUACCGAGGCAACGGAGGAGUGUAUGGAUGGGAUUUGCGCCGAAAACUCAUCAGUCGCGGAGCCAACUAUUUGACUCAGGUGUUGCUGAGACCUGGUGCUUCAGAUCUCACAGGCAGCUUCAGACUGUACAAGAAGAAGGUGCUGGAGAACCUGGUGGAGCGAUGCGUGUCCAAAGGCUACGUCUUUCAGAUGGAGAUGAUCGUGCGAGCCAGGCAGCUCAACUACACGGUCGGAGAAGUGCCCAUUUCGUUUGUGGAUCGAGUUUAUGGAGAGUCCAAACUGGGAGGGAACGAGAUCUUGUCGUUUGUGAAAGGACUGAUCACACUCUUUGCCACGACAUGAUCAGUGAUGCAAUCGAUCUUCCCUCUUAACCUCAAACUCACUCUUCUCACUGGUGCUGUACGUGUGCUGUACAGCAGUCAUAUUGUAACGACAGGGGAAAAAGCUUGACUGACGGCGCUUUUCCACGACCCAGUUUCAGCACGGCUCGCCGCGGUUAUUUUUGCUUUUCCAUCAGUGACAGAACCUGAAACCUGGUGCUUUUGAAAAGACUUACAAAUCCUGAAAAAUCUGCGUCUAAAAUCUCCAUAUUUAACAGAGGAGGCUGACGUAUUGAGCCAAAUCACAACCCGUUCACUGACUGAGUCUGAUUCUGUGACCAAUCCUGUCGUCGCGCAACAGGAUGUGGCGCGUGUACGUCUCAUUACCACAACUUCUAGACCGCGUGUGAGACCUAGAAAAUUUAAAAAACUAUGGAUGUGGCGAUCGGUCCAGGGUGUGACCCCCGCGCGACCCUCGUGUGGUGGAUAAAGCAGUAGAAGACGGAAUGAAUCGUCCAAUCACAGAUGACUUUCACCAGCUUCUCAGUACCGUAAACGGUUGAAUAACUGCCAGAUAUCUUGGAAAUUCUACAGCCAUAAAAUCAAAAAUGAAUCCAGGCUAAUUAUCAUGAGAGGACCAUAAUUAUUAUUAAUUAUUAACAAAGAAAACAAAGUGAUGGCAGUUCAACGCAGCCAAGCUCUGAUGACUCCGCCCACUUUGAGGAGGCGCUAUAUUAAUGGAAAAACCAUACCGAGUCGAGCCGUGCUGGAACUGGGCUAGUGGAAAAAGCGCCAAUAGAACACGAUGACAAAUGACAUAAGAUAAAGGAAUGUAUAUCAUGUUUGACAUUUCCCAUCAUCAUGAAUCAUGUGAAGGGUUUUACAGUUUGUAUGCAAUUAAAAAAAGUCUUUUUUGUUA